AUGCCUCCAGUGAGGGCCGGCAGAAUAAGCUCCGCAUUGUGCAAAUGCAACGCACAGCAGAGUGCACUCUGGAACCAGUGUGAUGUGAUAACACACGAACCCCCGGAUGCAUCAUGUGCAACAGAAAUUCAUAGUACCAUCGGGACUACGUCGCGGAGCAGGAACAGAGGACGUAGCCGUGAGCCUGCUGCAGCACGAGAGUCUCCGUCAUGGAGCAUUGAGAUGGGAGUUCACGACAUGGAAUACGGUCGAGGCACAGGGUCCGAUGCGCUGGCAGCGAAAGACGCUGCAGCCCAGAAGGCUCUCGAGGAGUUGAAGAAAGCGUUCUCUAGCAGGAAAAAACUGAGACCCUGCGCUGGACGCACUGUGGUCUCGCUGUUUGAGAUUCUGGAGGCGAUCGCGCACUCGGCAGCAAUUGACGUUGUUCAGCGAUCGAUCAAACUCGCUCCGCAAGUCAGAGAACAGCCGCCUCAGUACAUCCAUCGGUCUCCCCACGCGCACUCUCGAACAACAAUGAGUGACACAGCAACAGUCCGCCGCCAGCUCAAAAUAAAGGCUGGUGUAUGCAAACGCCUGUACAAGGAGCACAAGUUGUACCAGAAGGAGGAAGAAGACCAGAAGCGCAAGCUCGAUAAGUUCAUCGCUGACGCGGCGGAGGACUGGGAUAUCAAGAACGCGAGACGCAUGCUUGAAGAGUCGCAGAAGAUGAUCACAGACACGGCGAAUCGUCUUGGAGGCGCCGUACAAGAUCUGCGUGAACUUCUCGUCGCUGGAGAAAAAGACCCGGCCCUCAAGAAUGACGAGGUGCUUAUGCAGGCGCAAGAGACCUUCGAGGAAGCGUCCAGAAUCGCCCUCCAAGCAUCUCGUUCCACCCGUUCCUCUUGCAGCCCCCUUCCGUCUUUGCUAUACUCGCCGUUCGCGGAUGGCAUCCCUACUCCGAGAGACGGAGGCACAAAUCCUGGUGGUGGCGCGUUGAUCGCGGAGGGCGCUAUUCGUGACUGA